CAUAUUCAUUGUUAUGUAGUAAAUAUAAUUAAAUCUACCGCGGCAUCUAUGAACUAUCAGCCUAAACUAAUAAAAUCUGUAAAUAGAGAUGAAGAUGAGGUUAGGAAUUUAAUCAGUCUGAUGAGUUGAUGAUGAAAAAGGGCGACGGUUUGUGAUCGCUUUGCUUUCGGUUUAAUUCUUGAAAUCUAUGCCGAAUUAAAAUGACGGCGACACACACGGGCGUACUGCCCUUCGUCCGAGGCGUAGACUUCACUCGCAAUGAUUUCAGCGGCGAUAAAUUUCCGGAACCAGUUAGUUUAAUGACUGGUGUGCAAUGGCUUAAACUUGAUAGAACAAAUCUCUCAGAGAUUCCUAAAGAAAUGGGCAACCUACAUAAGUUAGAACACCUGUCACUGACUAGGAAUAAUCUGGAGAAGCUGCAUGGUGAACUGACAGAGUUGAAUUGCCUCAGGACUUUAAAUUUGAGGCAUAAUAGAGUGAAGUCUUCUGGAAUUCCAGCUGAUCUUUUCAAUUUAGAUGAAUUGACAACUCUGGAUCUUAGUCAUAAUAAUCUUAAAGAAGUGCCUGAAGGUUUAGAGAGGGCCAAAACAUUAUUGGUUUUGAAUUUAAGCCAUAAUCAUAUUGAAGCAGUGCCAACUUCUCUCUUCAUGAAUCUUACUGAUUUACUCUUUCUGGACUUGAGCAACAACAAUUUGGAAACACUUCCACCGCAAAUUCGCCGUUUGGGCAACUUACAAACACUUGUAUUAAACAACAAUCCGCUCGGUAGACAUUUUCAAUUCAGACAGUUAUAUUCUCUUGUGCAUUUGGAAACGUUGCACAUGCGUAACACCUACAGGUGUUUAAACAACUUUCCUGGCAAUCUGGAAAGUCUUGGGUUGUUAGCCGAUGUAGAUUUGGCGCAGAAUGCCUUGCCAAAAGUGCCUGAUUCACUUUAUUCACUGCCGAAUCUAAAGCGACUUAAUUUGAGCGAGAACAAUAUCACUGAGUUGUCUACCGCAAUGGAACUAUGGCAGAAAUUAGACACACUUAAUCUGUCGCACAAUAAACUUACUUCACUGCCAUCGGCGCUGUGCAAAAUCGCUUCGUUGAGGAGAUUGUAUGUUAAUGACAAUCAAUUGGACUUUGAGGGUAUUCCGUCCGGUAUUGGAAAGUUGGGAUGUUUGGAGAUUUUUUCUGCGGCGCAUAAUCAACUUGAGAUGAUUCCUGAAGGACUUUGUCGUUGUGGAUCACUUAAAAAAUUAAAUCUAAGUUCCAAUCGAUUGAUAACACUCCCAGAUGCGAUUCAUCUACUCACUGAUUUAGAUUCUCUGGAUUUGAGGAAUAAUCCAGACUUAAUAAUGCCACCAAAACCCACUGAAUUAACUCGUGGUGCUGGUUUGGAGUUUUAUAACAUUGAUUUUUCGCUGCAGAAUCAACUUAGAUUAGCUGGGGCGAUGGUACCUCCAACACCAGCUCAACAAAGUGAAAAUAAAGAUCCAAUCGCAAGGAAAAUGCGUCUACGUCGUGGUAGACGUGAUCACGAGGAAGCUGACCAAGAUCAGGCGAAGAUACUUAAAGGCAUGAAAGAUGUAGCCAAGGAUAAAGAAGCACUUAAAACUGAAAGUGAAUUGAAAGCUGAAUUUGUGAAGCCGAAAAGAUGGGAAGAGAAUUUAGAAAAACCACCACUUGAUUAUUCAGAGUUCUUCGAUGAAGACGCCGGUAGUAUGCCGGGUGUUACAGUGUGGGAAAUAGAAAAUUUCCUGCCGAAUCAAGUUGACGAAGUUACGCAUGGAAAGUUUUACGAGGGCGAUUGUUACAUCGUGCUGAAAACUUCUAGUUUCGAUGACACCACUUCACUUACUUGGGAGAUUUAUUUCUGGAUCGGAGAAAAAGCAUCUUUGGAUAAACGUGCAUGUGCAGCUAUCCACGCUGUCAACCUUCGAAAUUACUUAGGCGCACAAUGUCGUUCAAUCCGAGAAGAACAAGGUGAUGAAUCCGAAGAGUUUCUUGCUUUGUUCCCGAAUCGUAUUACUUACAUCGAAGGCGGACGUACAUGCAGCGGUUUCUUCACAGUUGAAGACCUCACAUACGAUCUACGACUCUACAGAGUCCAUGCAGCAGGCGCCUCAAUCCAUCUUGAACCCGUCUGUGUCUCAGCUGAGUCCCUAGACCCAAGAUUCGUAUUUGUAUUGGAUACAGGCCUGAAAAUAUUCUUAUGGUUCGGUAAGAAAUCAAAAAAUACUCUUAAAUCAAAAGCGAGACUGUUAACCGAAAAAAUCAACAAAAACGAGCGCAAAAACAAAGCGGAAAUCUUCACUGAACAAAUGGGCAGUGAGUCCGAUGACUUCUGGACUGCCAUUGGUGAACCAGAAGGUGUCGCUCCUGAAGAUAUAGAAGAACACGUAGAUGCAAGUUUUGAACCAUUACAACCUAGAUUGUAUCAGGUUCAAUUAGGUAUGGGUUAUCUAGAACUCCCGCAAGUGGAAGUACCCAAUGGGAAGUUGAAUAACAAACUCUUGAUAAGCAAGAAUGUUUAUAUCUUAGACUGUUACUUAGACGUGUUUGUUUGGGUCGGUAAAAAGUCAACGCGUUUGGUAAAAACUGCAGCUGUUAAGCUUUCCGAGGAAUUGUUUAAUAUGAUUGAUCGUCCUGAUUACGCAAUGGUGACUAGGGUACGUGAAGAUACCGAAUCACAGGUAUUCAAGACCAAUUUCCUCGGUUGGGAUGAAGUGAUCGCUGUGGAUUUCACACGCACUGCUUCCUCCGUGCAGAAAACCGGCGCUGAUCUAACAAAAUGGGCGAAAUCACAGGAAACCAAAGCUGAUCUUACAGUAUUAUUCACUCCUAGGCAACCAUCAAUGUCCUUGAAUGAAGCUUACCAAUUGAUGGAGGAGUGGAACGAAGACAUGGAAGGUAUUGAAGCAUUCGUCCUGGAAGGAAAGAAAUUCGUUAGAUUACCUGAAGAAGAGUUCGGCACGUUCCAUUCGAUGGAUUGUUAUGUCUUCUUAUGUAGAUAUUGGAUACCAGCGGAUGAUAUCGAAGAUGGCGAACCAAUGGAAGAAGAUUUUCAGUGUAUUGUUUACUUCUGGCAGGGCAGAGAGGCGUCCAAUAUGGGAUGGUUGACUUUUACGUUUACGCUGCAGAAGACGUUCAAGCAGUUGUUCCAGGAUAAACUGGAAGUUGUGCGCACGCAUCAACAGCAGGAGAAUAUGAAGUUCAUGGCGCACUUUAAGAGAAAGUUUAUUAUUAAACAAGGGAAGAGGAAACAAGCCGCCAAGAAUGCUGUGGAGUUCUAUCAGCUUAGAUCGAAUGGCAGUGCGUUGAAUACACGGUUGAUUCAGAUUCGGCCUGAUGCUUCUGCGUUGAAUUCUGCAUUCUGUUAUAUUCUAAACGUGCCAUUUGAACAAGAUGACGCUGGAAUAAUCUACGUCUGGUUAGGCUCAAAAUCCGACCCGGAGGAAGCGCGUCUUAUUCAAGAAAUCGCGGACGAAUCAUUUAACAAACCAUGGGUAUCCCUGCAAGUUCUCAACGAAGGCGAAGAACCCGAUAAUUUCUUCUGGGUGGGUCUCAACGGCAAGAAGCCCUAUGAUCACGAUGCAGACUUCAUGCACUCAACGCGUCUCUUCCGCUGCUCCAACGAGAAAGGAUACUUCAUCGUUUCUGAAAAGUGCUCAGACUUUUGCCAAGACGAUCUUGCUGAUGAUGAUAUCAUGAUUCUGGACAACGGCGAGCAAGUCUUCCUGUGGCUAGGCCCCAAGUCCAGUGAGGUGGAGAUUAAACUCGCCUAUAAAUCUGCACAGGUUUACAUUCAGCACAUGCGAGUCAAACAACCCGACCGGCCAAGGAAGCUGUUCCUUACGUUGAAAAACAAGGAGAGCAAGCGGUUCGUUAAGUGCUUCCAUGGUUGGGGGUUGCAUAAACGACCACCUGAGUAAAGUAACUUUACUAACACCCGUUAUAACAUUGUUUUAAGUUUAUCAAAUGUUUUCAUUUAGUCAGGUUUGUAUUGUGUUACGCUACGUAUUCGUACGUUUGAUCAACGACUUUGUUAUAUUAUAACAUUUAUGCUGAGUUUAGUAGAUUUUCUUACAAUGACUUAAAUUUGUGAUCAUUUAUUCAAAUUUUAUACAAUAUUUAUCAUUAAUUUGUACUUUUGUAAGUACAUUUAUUUAUAUUUGCUUUUUGCCAUCAAUAAACUAUAUGGAUGAAUAAAAUAUUAA